AUGUCUUUACUGAAGAAGUUCGAGUCCCAAUCCGCAAGAGUUAAAGGUAUGUUAUUGUAGGUUGUUGGUUGAUUCUUGAAUUUUAGGAAUAACUUUUCAUCCAACGCGGCCAUGGGUUCUUACCUCGCUUCACAGUGGUAUUAUCCAGCUAUGGGACUAUCGGAUGUGUGUGAUGCUCGACAAGUACGAUGAACAUGAUGGUCCAGUCAGAGGUAUCGACUUCCACUGUCAGCAGCCUAUUUUUGUAUCUGGAGGUGACGAUUACAAGAUUAAGGUAUGGUUCUUUAUAAAAGCGAUAAGUUAAUUUUUUUGAGAUAUUGGUUUGUAGAAUUAGUGGAGUAUACUUAUAUGUAUGGCUUUUCAAAUUUAGGUAACAAAUUCGGAGAUUAUUACGAAAUCUUUUAGGUUUGGAACUACAAACAAAGAAAGUGCAUUUUCACGUUGUUAGGUCACUUGGAUUACAUCAGAACUACGGUGUUUCACAAGAAUUAUCCGUGGAUUCUGAGUGCUUCUGACGAUCAAACGGUCAGAAUCUGGAACUGGCAGUCACGAGGCUCCAUUGCUAUUCUCACAGGUCAUAAUCAUUAUGUUAUGUGUGCUCAGUUCCACCCUACUGAAGACUUGGUUGCCAGUGCCAGUUUGGACCAAACUAUCAGAAUCUGGGACAUCAGUGGCCUCAGAAAGAAGAACGCCGUUCCAGGCAUGGGAUCGGGAUCAGGACGAGUUGGCUCUACCAUGUCUGGUACUCAGACCGACCUUUUUGGACAACCAGAUGUUAUUGUUAAGUAUGUGUUGGAAGGUCACGACCGUGGAGUGAAUCAUGUAGCCUUCCAUCCAACGAUGCCAUUGUUGGUAUCAGCCGCUGAUGACAGGUUGGUCAAGUUGUGGAGAUACAACGACACCAAGGCUUGGGAAGUUGAUUCUUGUCGUGGUCACUACAACAACGUGUCGUCUGUGCUGUUCCAUCCCAAGCAAGAGCUGAUCUUGUCCAACUCCGAGGACAAGAGCAUCAAGGUCUGGGAUAUGCAGAAGAGAACUUGUCUUCAGACCUUCAGGCAUGAGAACGACCGCUUCUGGGUGAUCGCCGCUCAUCCGACGCUGAAUGUGUUUGCUGCUGGCCACGACAAUGGUAUGAUUGUGUUCAAGAUUGAGAGGGAAAGACCAGCUUACACUUCCCACGAAAACUUUGUCUUCUACGUCAAGGAACGACAAUUGAGGAGACUUGAUCUGACCACCAAGUAGGUUUUGGUAUACUUAUAAAGACUUAUUGAUGGUUUUUAAAGUUUACAAUUUAACGGUUUGUCGGUGAAAUGUGUUAAAAUUUGGAAUUUAUAGCCGCGACGUCUCAUUGGCACAACUCCGCCCUACCAAGAUCACUCAGCCUUACUUCAGCUUGGCCUAUAAUCCAGCCGAGAAUGCUUUUGUCAUUGUUAACAGGCCACAGGCCAUUGAAAACAGUACCUACGAGUUGUUUAAAGUACGUUUUUUAAAACUAAUUAAAUAUGUGUAAUACAACUUUUAAAUAAUAGUAAUUUCGGUUAAAUUAAACUCUGUAUUUACAGGUUGCCAACGAAGAAGUCAAGAUCUCCGAUCAAGGUGACGCUCGUCGCGGUCCUGGAGUCGCAACAGUUUGGGUAGCCAGAAACAGAUUUGCCGUACUCGACAAGAACCACAACGUCAUCAUCAGAGAUCUCCAGAACAAGGAGAGCCGACGGGUGGAGCACAAUCUCCCAGUAGACGAGAUCUUCUACGCCGGAGUGGGUCUUUUGUUGUUGAGAACUCCAGAAGGCCUUCAAUUGUACGAUCUUCAACAGAAAACUGUUGUCGCUACUGCCAAGGUCCCCAAAGUCAAGUACAUUAUCUGGUCCAAGAACAUGGAGCACGCUGCCUUGAUCUGCAAGAACACUUUGGUCUUGAUCACGAAGAGAUUAGAGGUACUGACUACUGUGCAAGAAUCCACCAGAGUCAAGAGUGGAGCCUGGGAUGAGAACGGUGUCUUUGUCUACACUACCUCCAACCACAUCAAGUACGCUCUGACAGCCGGUGACAACGGAAUCAUCAGAACAUUGGACCACCCCGUCUACAUUGUCGCCAUCAGAGGAUCCAAGCUUUACUGUCUUGAUCGGUAAGACAUUUCUAAGUGUUUAGCAAUUUUAAAAUUUAUUGCUUAUUCUAACGAAUAUGAACAUAAAAGUAUUAUUUUAGGUAACAGUUGAAUUUUUUAAUGCUAUAUUUUAUGAUAAUUUAUUUCAGAGAUGCUUCUCCACUCGAAGUCUCUAUUGAUCAAACUGAAUAUCGCUUUAAGUUGGCCCUCAUCAACCGCAGAUACGACGAAGUUCUGAACAUGGUCAGAAACGCCAACUUGGUCGGUCAAUCCAUCAUUGCCUACCUCCAGAAGAAGGGCUACCCAGAAGUCGCUCUCCAUUUCGUCAAGGACGAGAAGACCCGCUUCGGGUUGGCUUUGGAAUGUGGCAACCUUACUGUAGCUUUGGAAGCUGCCAAGGUUUUGGACGACAAAGCCGUCUGGGAAGCGUUGGGAGAAGCCGCCUUGCUCCAAGGAAAUCAUCAAAUUGUCGAGACUACUUAUCAGAGAACCAAGAAUUUCGAGAAGUUGGCUUUCCUGUAUCUGAUCACUGGAAACCUCGAGAAGUUGAAGAAAAUGACUCACAUCGCCAGGUCGAGGAAGGAUACUCACGGAAACUUCCAAACUGCCUUGUACCUUGGUGACGUCGAGGAAAGAAUCAGAUGUAAGCUUUUAUAAAAUAUUUUCUUAAAAUAAUCGCGUUUUUGCAAUUUAAAAAAGUAAUUUUCGAUGUAUUUAAAAUAAUGUAACGUGCAUUUUAGUGUUGGCUGAAGUUGGACAAACCUCAUUGGCCUAUUUGACUGCCGCUACUCACGGCUACGAAGACGAAGCCGCCAAAUUGAAGGCCGAUUUGGAAGCCAAAGGUCAACCCUUACCUGAAGUUGAUCCAAAUGCCCGUCUUUUGGCCCCACCCCCACCAAUCCAACGUACCGAAGAGAACUGGCCUUUGUUAUCUGUCGCCGCUGGUCCCUUCGACGCCCAAAUCUUGGCUGCCGGUGCUCGAGGAACUUCGACAAACCAGACGGUCAGAGCUGCUCGUGCUGCCGCUCAAUUCGCUGCCGAAGAGGUCGACGACGAGCCAGAAGGAGAUGCCUGGGGAGUUGAAGGUGACUUGUUGUUAGAUGAAGACGGAAAUCCAGAAGUCGACGAAAACGAAGAACUCGGAGGUGGAGAAGAAGGCGGUUGGGAGGUAAGUAUUAAAAACUGAUAAUAAAAUAACAUUAACAAGAUAUUAAGGUGUUUUUUUUUGUGAAUUAUGUAUGAGUUAAUUGAAAAUGAUAAUUUGUAGGUUGACGAUGAUGUUGAACUUCCACCUGAUGUCAAGAACGCCGCUGCUGCUGACGAUGAUGAGGGACCAUUGGUGCCAGGAAACCCUCCAUCGGUGUACUGGAUCAACAACUCGAACAAGGUACACGACUUGAUUGCUGCCGGAUCCUUCAGUGCGGCUGCCAGUGCUCUCAGAGGACAAGGCAUUGUGACUGUGAAGCCUUUCAAGAAGUUGUUCAUGAUGGUUUACGCUAGGUACGGGUGUUUAUUAACUUUAUAAUCUUAUGUCAGUAUCAAAUGUUCGCGUUGCUUUAAAGAAAUUAACCUGUUUUAAUUUCAGAUCACGGGUAGCUGUCUCUGGUAUCUCAAAAACCCCACCUUUGUUGGGCUACCCAUUGAGGAAUUGGGAAGAAGCCGGGCCAAAGAACGGUCUGCCAGCCCUGUGUGUCAAGAUGGAAGACCUCGGUCAGAAGCUACAGUUAGCCUACCAAUCCACGACGCAAGGAAAGUUCUCUGACGCUGUCGUCAAGUUCAGAGAAAUUAUUUUGUCUGUAGCCUUGUUGAUCACUAACGGCAAACAAGAAGUGCUGGAAGCCGAACAAUUGACUGAAAUCUGCAAGGAAUACCUGGUCGGGCUGUUGAUGGAGACCAACCGAAAAACAUUACCUGCAGGAAAUCCUGCGAAUGACAAGAGAUCCAUGGAGAUGGCUGCCUACUUCACUCACUGUAGCCUCCAACCCCGACAUCAGCUGCUCACGCUAAGAACGGCCGCUUUCUUGGCCUACAAACAUAACCUGAAACAGACGUGCGCAUCACUGUGUAGACGUUACCUGGAACUCGGUCCUCCACCAGAGAACGCCGCCAGAAUCCGUCAGAUGUUAACCGCUUCGGAACAACAGAACACCAACGCUUACAACGUAUGUCUUUUUAUCCUAUAAUUUAUUGUUGUUACAUUUUUAUUGUAUUUUUACAAAUGUUGAACUUAAAUUAACAUAAAUUUUGCUUCAGAUCGACUACGAUGAGCACAACCCCUUCGUCAUCUGCUCGAGGACCUUCACGCCCCUCUACAGGGGCCGACCUCAAGAGAAGUGUCUCUAUUGUAAGGCCGCCUUCAAGCCCGAGUUCAGUGGAGAAGUGUGCGACGUGUGCCAGGUUGGGCAGAUCGGAAAUCUCUAA